UCUACAGGGUGAGAAGACUGUAUUGAGCAUGCAGUCUUUUCUCCGCUGCAAUGUUAAAGAUUAACGUUUACAACUAAAGGACAGUAAUAGCCAGUGAUGCACUAGCCAAAGGUCUCAUAUAUUAUAUAUUGUUCCCUCAUUUGAAGAACGCCACUUGUUGGAAUAGUACAAAGAGCAGACUGGGCACACCUUACAGACAAACAUGGGGAAGAUGGGGAAACCUUUACUUCUCCUUUUUGCUUUUUUAGCUUAUUCGUACUGUAAUUCUGUCCCUGCGAUUAACAUGGCUGUAGUAGAUGUGAGAGAAGAUCGUCCAGUAGGUGAAUUUGCGUUUCAAAUCGAAGCAUCUGAUCCAGAUGGUGACCCUCUAACAUAUGGUAUCACUGGGACAUACUCUAGUCAUUUUGAAGUCGACAGGGCGUCUGGUGAAGUCACAAUCAAGAGUAUGCUGGACAGAGAGACGAAUGACCUCUUAAACAUAGAGGUUGUGGUGAAUGAUGGCGUUUAUGCGGAUGUGACAAAAACAGUUUAUAUUGCUGUUUUAGAUGCUAAUGAUAAUGCUCCAGUAUUCCAAAAUCUGCCCUAUAACGAAGAGGUUCCAGAGAAUGAACCUGUUGGCAGUACACUGUUCAGAGCAAACGCCAUAGAUAAGGAUACUGGCAUGGCUUCUAUUGUGACUUACAAAAUUGAUAAUGUGGCACCAAAUGAAGGGACUAGCCUAUUUUCAAUCUCUGAGACUUCUGGAAUUGUUGUCCUGGCGGGAACUUUGAGCUUCACUGACAAAAGUCCUUUCUAUCAGAUACAAGUCAUUGCAUCUGUGAGUAUUUAUUUAUGAAGUAAUCAUAUUCAGAUAAGCAAUGGGCUGCUUGUUGAA